UUUAAGCCAAUAUCAUAAUGAGUCAGCGAGUAUAAUAAUUUCCUGAUUCUACGUUGUGUGUGAUACGAACAACGAAGGCUACGAAGGAAGGUACUCUAGCAUGUCGAGGCUGUGUUCCAAGAUAUGUUUCUGGCUAGUUUUCUUCAUUUUCUUUAUUCCUCUGGCUUCAGCUGACUGUGUUGAUCUGGAUCUGGGAAUGGAAAAUGGAGCAAUUCCUGACAGUGGAAUAACAGCUUCAUCUGAACUAAGUGCCAACACACCAGCCAAGAAUGGUCGAUUGAACUACACAUUAGGAUCAUCAUGGUGUGCAAGAAUAAGUGACACUAACCCAUAUCUACAGGUUGAUCUGCAGACACUUCAUAUCAUCUGUGCUGUGUCUACUCAAGGGAACUCUCAAGAAGAUCAGUGGGUGAAAAACUAUACGAUUAAAUUCUCCGAUGAUGGAACAACUUGGACUGGCUACAAGGAAGGUGGUAAAAUUAAGACCUUUCAGGGAAAUGGUGACAGGUCCUCAGAGGUAAAACAUGUUCUUUAUGAAAGUGUCCGAGCACACUACCUGCAAAUCCUGCCCAAUGCAUACCAUGGUGCUAGGUGUAUAAGAAUGGAGGUGUUUGGUGUUAAGCAAAAACCAGUGAAUGUUGCCCUUGGAAAGGCCACCUUUCAGUCUUCAACAUUUAACAAUACUCAGUUGGGUGUGUCAGGUGUGUCAGAGAAAGCAGUGGAUGGUAAUUCUGAUACGGGGUUUAAAAGGGGAAGCUGUACACAUACUCAGCAAGACAAUCCAAGCUGGUGGAGAGUUGACCUGGGUUCAAAUAAGGUGGCAGUCUCUGACAUAUUCAUAGUGAACAGAUUUUCAGCAUCUACUGUUGUGAUGGCCAGAAGUGAAAACUAUAACAUUACAUUGGGCAAUGACCCACAAGUAGUAAACAACCCUCAGUGUCAAGGACUCUACAGUUUUGUUAACUUCAUAGCAUCAGCUGUUUGUUUCACCAACCCACUGACAACUGGCAGAUAUGUAGGGAUAUCAGUAAAGGAACAAAGUCUUACACUCUGUGAAGUGGAAAUCUAUUUGCGAGAUAAUCUUGCAUUUGGAAAACAAACAAAUCAAAGUAGUGAAGCGUUUAGUGGUGCAAGUAGCAGGGCAGUUGAUGGUAUAAGUAACCCAGACUAUUUUGCUAAUAGCUGUACCCACACUAAAAGUCACCCGAACCCUUGGUGGAGAGUUGACCUGGGACAAGUUGAACCAGUUUCAGAAAUAUACGUAGUCAACCAAGAAAAUUUUCCAUGGUUUCAGAGACAGAAUAAUUUUGAGAUCAGAGUAGGCACAUUAUCUGAUAAUGGAGGAACUACCAAUCCUAGGUGUGGUGAUAAGAAGGGUUACAGUCUACCACAAGGAAAAGGUGUAUCCUUUUACUGUCGUCCUGUUAAAUUUGGAAGAUAUGUGACUCUAAGAAGUUUAAAAACUGGCUCAGAUGCCUUCACACUUUGUGAAGUUGAAGUUUAUUCUGAAAGGAGAGCUUGCCGAAUGCAAGCCAUUGGUGUGGCUAGCAAUGACAUACUCCCUGAUUCAAGCUUCUCGGCAUCAAGUGAGAGUACAGGUUUUGAAGCUUUUAAAGGUCGACUGCAUGCAGUUAGGGGAUGGUCACCCGACAGAAAUAACAGACCUGAUGAUUAUCUGCAAAUUGACCUGCAGUAUGAGUUUCUUCUUUGUGCUGUAGCUACUCAAGGAAGGUCAACAUAUGAUGAUUGGACAACAGAGUACAAAUUACAGCUCUCCUUUGAUGGUUCCACUUUUGUGACCUACACAGAAAACAAUGUUGACAAGAUUUUCAGUGGCAAUUCUGGAAGACAUGACAUUGUCAAACAUAACCUCAAAGAUAUGAGGGCAAGGUUCAUCCGUUUCCAGCCUGUAAACUUUAAGAGAAAGAAAGCUUUGAGAGUAGAAGUGUAUGGAGUACUUAUAUCUAAAGUGCCCUCACAAGCACCCAGUAACUUGACUUUAUCUGCAAGCUCCUCUACAAGUAUUUCAGCAUCCUGGCAGUUACCUCUUGCAUAUUCCAGACAUGGAAGCAUUACAGGAUUUAAACUAUCCUACAAAAAGAAAGGGUUUAUGGGGUCAAUGACUGUGUCAACUAUCAAUAGUGGAAUCACCUUUUCUGGAAGUAUUACUGGUCUGGAGAAGUACACAGAAUAUGAAUUUCAAGUGCUGGCUUUUACAUCUCAUGGUGAUGGACCAAAGAGUUCUGUUGUGGUGGAAAGAACAACGGAAGAUGUCCCUUCACAACCUCCUAGUGGCUUAACUGUGGCAGCCAGCAAUUUUACCAGUGUUUUAGCUUCGUGGCAGUUACCACCCAAAGAGUCCAGACAUGGAAUUAUCAGAGGAUAUAAACUGUUUUACAGAGAUACAAAUGGUGGCGUGGACUCAACGGUCGAGCUACUCAUCCAGGAUGCAGCAAUUCGGUCCACAUCCGUCACUGGGCUACAAUCUCAUACAGAUUAUGAGUUUCAAGUUUUAGCCUUCACAUCUGUUGGUGAUGGACCAAAGAGUUCUGUGAAAGGCGUAGAAACAACUUUUGGUGCACCCGGUCCUCCUCCUUCCUUCAAUCAUACCCUUAAAACACCAACUGAGUCGCAGGGACCAAUGAUAACUUUAUCCUGGACAUCACCUUCACUAUCAAAUGGAAUUAUUAGGAGCUACACUGUGUUUUACCGCCACAGUGAAGAUCCACAUAACGUUCACCAUCAGAGAUUUGGACCAGAUGUGUUUAGUCACACAGUUGAUGUGUUGGGUGGCAUCACCUAUUGGUUUGAGGUCAGAGCUGAGACAUUACAUCCUGGAAAAAAUGCCUCUUUAACUGUUGAUGUCCCAGAAUAUAAACCAAGGGGUGGCCCAGCUAAUGUGUUACCUGCUGAGGUGAACAAGACCACCUUUAACAUUUCAUGGCCACUUCUAUCAAGAGAACUGAGCAAUGGCGACAUCAUUCUGUAUAACGUCAAAGAAGAAUUGUUGUCUCGGGGAACACGACUUAAAAGAGCUUCUCUGACCAGCAAAACAGUUAAUACAACAAAUACAUUCAUUUUAUUGAGUGGAUUAUUGCUUUGUUCGCAAUACCAAGUGUCUGUUCGAGCUUAUACCAAAGUAGGACCCGGUCCAUAUGGUCCACCUGUAGAACUACCGACAACAGCAGACCCAGGAACACCAUGGGGGUUGAGUGCUUCAAACGUUGGAACAACGCAAGUAAGACUACAAUGGAAAGAGCCUGAGCGUACUCCGAAAGAAGACAUCAGCUAUACAGUGAAGUAUCUCGGAACAAAGCCUUACAAUGAGAGUUUUCGAGAGGAAGGUUUUCAAGAUGUGGGUAGUUCCACUUCCUACACUAUGAAAGGUUUAGUUCCGGGUUCUAUCUACAAGUUUCAGAUUAUUGUAAGCUCUGUAUGUGGACUCGGAGUAUCCAAAGGAUUUCCCAAUAGGGUGGAAACAGAGAUGACAGCUCCAAUGGCUCCAUUUCUAAUUCAGUGGACCAAUGUGGAAGUCUCCGAGUUAUCGGUCGAAAUCGAUCUCUGGCCUGUAGAACAAAGAAAUGGUCCAAUAAGUGCUUAUCAGGUGAUUGUUCUGAAAGUCUGUGAUUGUUAUCAAGAGCUUUCCAGAGACUUUCAUUUAAAGCUGAAAGAUUUGAAUAGAAACAACGACACUUUUUAUCCAUUUUACGUUGCUGCGGAAAUUAAAAAUAAUCCUGUGCACGAUAAGUCUUGGAAAUUUAAGGUUGGUGACGGGAAGUCAUAUGGAGCCUUUUUUAACAAAGAACUGACAAGAGGAGAAAGCUACAUUGUCUACCAAAGAGCCCUAACCAAUCACAACAGUCAAAUUUUAGAGGGAGAAGUCAGCAAAAUCGCCAUGAUUUCUAUUAAACCAGGGCCACAGUGUAUAACUCAAGAGACAAAAGGAGAAAACUCUGAAAGCCAAGUCCUCCUUGCUGCUGUCAUCACUCUUUCUUUCAUUGUUUUUCUCUGUCUUGUUUUAAAUGGUACACUGAUAUGGCGAUUAAGACAAGCUGAGUCUAACAAAAGAACAAGCAUAGUAGACAGUGGUACCCCUCAAGUCCACACUGGUGUUUGUCAAGUGUCAGAGCCUGGUGUUUAUAUGGAACUACAACCCAAGCCUUCCGAUAGCCAGUCACGUGAACCACCUGAAUACCAGUCAUUGCAGGACAGACGAGUGACUCCAGAUUACUACAAUAUGGAGUUUUUAGAAGGACGCUCGAAUGACAAGGGAUUAGUUUAUGAGAAUAUGGAGUGAAAUGUCCUCCACGUGGAAAAAUGUGUGGACCAUCCCUAAUUAAGGCGAUCCGUGGUGUUAGUUAAGUGAAUCCACAUGAAGUUCAUUGUAGUGUUGUACCGCUGUUACUUCACCACACAUGUUGAUUUUUUCUCAAUUUGAAAUGAUAAUUUUUAUGCCAUAGGUAUAGCAGUAAUUAAAUCACCUGGAUUUAUGAAAUAUUCUUAAAAGUAUGUCCUGUUCGCUUUUAUUAUUAAAGCCUGUUCCUAGUUGAGGUUAGCCAAAUUUUAAGCAGUUCAUCGCUUCUAUGUAGUCAACGCAAAUUAUCCUUUCAGUUUUUUUUUUUUAAUAAUAAUUUUUACAGGUUAUCAAAGUAGUUAAGUUUAGUAAAUAAAGCGAUGCAACCUAAUUAAUUCAAUCGGUUUGUCACAUUCCCUUGUAUUCGUUUGAAAAAGCUCGGCAUCGACUAGUAAACAAUAAACUAUUUUACAACCAUAA